CAGAGUUGAGACUCACAAGUAACAUUUUUGUUUGCUUUGAUUAAUAUUUUCUAUUCAAAUAUAAAGAGUGUGCACGCGAGAGUCUCGCUGCACGCUCACUAAUGUGGCACAAAAAUAGCUCCAUGGAAAUCCCACGUUUACUUUCACUUUUGAUAUCAUCGUGUCGCAGAUAACUUUCUCCCUCCAGAUGAAGACAUACAAGCUGCUGCAGAGGAAUGAGCCCUGAAGAGUGGAGUUAAUGCUCCUUCAUCUGUUUCACACCAACCUCUGAGGGAUAGAUGGUGACGAGGGUAAACCUGCUGAAAAUUCUGGAGUUUUUGUUAGAGAAGGAAUUUGAGGACUUCAAGUGGUUGCUAGAGAAUGAAAGUCUGGCAGGCUACCAAACCAUCAAAACAUCCCAGCUGGAGAAUGCAGGGAGACGAAAGACUGUGGAUCUGAUGGUGCAGACCUACCAACUUCAUGGAGCUGUGGAGGUGACCAAGAAGCUUUUAAAGACGAUCAACAUGAAUGAUCUGUGGCAGAUAUUAUCAUACAUCUCAGGAUCAAAAGAUAUCUCCGAACUCACAGUGGACCGAAACAAACUCAAAAGAUUCGCCACAGUGCCUGACAACAAAAGGGAGCUGACAUAUGUGACAGAGGGACAAUACUAUCAGUCUCAGCUGAUGUGUACAGAAGAUCUGACUGAUCACUCUUACUGGGAGUUCAAGUGGAGAGGAUGGGUUGAUAUAUCAAUGACUUAUAGAGGAAUGAGGGGGAAAGGAAACAGUUAUGAUAGAUUUGGACAGAAUGAUCAGUCCAGGAGUCUGAGCGGGUCUGAUGAUGAAGGUAACAGUCUCGCACAAAAAGAGAAGAACACACCUUCCCACCUCAUCCUCAUCCACCCCCUCUUCGUCCUCCUCCUCCUCAUCAACCUCUUCCUCAUCUUCCACAUCCUCCGUCUCUAA